GUCGCAGAAAGCGAUCUUUGGUCCAGAGAGCUUGGUCAUAUUGGACCCCGAUGCAGCGCACUUGGAGCUCUUGGAUCCUCAAGAUGCGGAUGUCGCCAAGCUUUUGUCCAACGUGUGGCAGUGCCAAGUAUUGGCAUCCGUUUGUUGCGAUCUUUGCCAGGCGCUUUUAGCUGGUCUGAGCAUUGCCAGCCUUUUGCUGGUCACCUUGUCAGCAGAAGAACUGCUGGCAUUAAGUGCCAAGCUCUGGCCAUUCCUGGGUGGUGUUUUCUUGAUCUUGGCACAGGUUGGCACACUGGGCAGUGCUUUGAGCGUCACGCGGCUUCUAUGGAUUUUACAGGCUCGGAAGCGGCUCUUGUUUGCAGUGCUCCAUGCGAUCGUCAACACGGCGCUCCUGACAUUGCUGACAGUGCUGAGCUCUCAAGUGUCCAGCCCUUAA